UGACUUCCAUCGACUUUGGCUGCUGAGAGGCCAAACUCCACAGACUACGGAAGCGCGGUGAAAACAAUCAUUUACUCAAGAUUAUCUCUAAUUGGAAUUCGGCGGCCUGACUUGUUGACAAAACUGAGCACGAAGCAGAGACUGGUCGCGCAUACAGUAUACAAUCUGCCGAUGGAAUCCGCUGAGUAGGUCUUGCAACAGGGUGAACGUUGAUUGGUUACCUCUGAGACGGUUCCCUUGGAGACGGCAGCACGCCAGGGGCAUGCAGCAUGCCUGGGCUCAUUAAUAUUCACAGCAGGACCCGGAUCCCCCUGCAGGCGUCACGGGCGUCCGCGUGUCUGAUUGGCUACUCGCUGGGACUGACGGCAUCACUGACGUACUACAAUGAUCAGGAUGUUCCGGUGGACGCGAUGUUUGUGUACCCUGUGGACGAGAGCUGCGUGGUGGUUGGGUUCGAGGCGCUGGUUGGAGGGCGGACCAUCAGUCUGCAGCUGAAGGACGGCCCGUCAAUCAGCAGGGAGGCCACGCCCACUACGUCACAGGAACCGUUUAGCCAGGACGACUGGCUGUACCGCCAGACCGCCUUCAUCGUGGACGAGCACGAGACCAGGGAGAUCUUCACGGUGAACAUCGGAUCCCUCCCGCCGUACGAGACCGCCACGGUCCUGGUCAGCAUCUCGUCUGAGAUCAGGAAUGGCAAGAACGGCGCUCUUAGAUGUACACUGCCGCACAUCUGCACACCCAGGUUCAGGAACCAGAGUUUUGAGUUGGUGACCAGUCCUGAGGACAGUAAGAGCAGCCUGACCAGUACGAACUACAGUAUGGGGUACGGCACGGAGUUCAGGAACCAGAGUUUUGAGUUGGUGACCAGUCCUGAGGACAGUAAGAGCAGCCUGACCAGUACGGACUACAGUAUGGGGUUCAGGAACCAGAGUUUUGAGUUGGUGACCAGUCCUGAGGACAGUAAGAGCAGUCUGACCAGUACAAACUACAGUAUGGGGUACGGUACGGAGGAUGCCAGCUUCACCACCUGUAGGAACCUGAUGGACAUCGUGCAGGAAACCGCCAUCAACCCCUUCCCGUACGAGUUCGAGUUCCAGUUGGAAGUGAAGAUGCCGUGCCUGCUUGCGGGUGUAGAGAGCCCGACCCACUCCAUCAGGGUAGACGCCGAUCCUUACGCAAGGAACGCUAAUGAGGUGUUUGUGACGCUUGCUGAGCAGCACACGUACAGUGAGGACGUCCAGGUGUUGCUGUACCUGUCGGACCCGCACAAGCCCGCCAUCAUCCUGGAGCACGGCGACAUGAGUCUGUCAGGGUACGAGGAGUACGUCAAGUCGCGCAGGGGCUUCAAGAGGCUGCAGAGGGAGAAGGAGGAGAAACCGUCGUCUAAGGUGGACUAUCUCAGGGGCAGGUUGCACAAGGAUCUGAUGCACCACGCCGCCAUCAUGCUCUCGUUCUUUCCGGACUUCUCGUCCAUCCCACCACGUGACCCGUCCAAGAUUCCGGGAAAUUUCAUCUUUAUUCUGGACAGAAGUGGCAGCAUGAGCGGGGCCAACAUAGCAGUUCCCACCCCAGGCGCCCGUGAGACGCUCCUGUUGUUCCUGAAGAGCCUGCCCACCUGCUGCGUGUUUAACAUCGUGAGUUUCGGCUCCAGCUACAAACCCAUGUUCAGCACCAGCGUGCCCUACACGCAGCAGAACGUGGACAAGGCGUCAGCGGACAUCAAGAAAAUGCGCGCCGAUAUGGGAGGCACGAACAUCCUGUCGCCGCUGCAGUGGGUGUUCUCUGCGCCCGUGACGUCAGGUUACCCGCGGCAGGUGUUCCUGCUGACGGACGGGAGCGUCAGUAACACCGGCACGGUCAUUGACCUCGUCAGGAAAAACGCCUACAACACCAGGUGUUUUGCCCUCGGUAUCGGCCCAAAAGCCUCGCGCUCGCUGGUGCAGGGCGUGGGUUCGGCGGGAGGUGGCGCUGCUGAGCUGAUCCAGGAGGGGGAGAGGAUUCAGCCUAAGGUUGUAGCCUGUCUGAAGCGCGCCCUCCAGCCGUGCAUCAGUGACAUCACGGUCACGUGGCGCCCCCCAGCGGGGAUCGAGGUACUGCAGUCCCCUAAGUCGCUGCCUCCGCUGUUCCCUGGAGACCGGUUGGUGGCCUACGCCGUGCUGUACGACAUGCUGGUGGUGGAGACACGGCCCAAGGACGAGGAGAUAGAAGAGACGACGGAGGGGUCAAGUUCAACAGUCUCACAGAGCACCACCAGCGACUUCUCGGAAGCCGCCAGCAGCGUGAACACCGGGGACCUGCUGAGGGACAUCGUGGACGAGAUCUCCAGCAAGAAGAAGGAGAGACACGACACAGAACUGAGGGAGCCGGUCAGGAAGAUCCGGAAGAUCAGUGACCUGGGCAAGUCGGCGUCUCUGGGCCCGCGCAGCCCGGAGCGGGAGUUCCUGACAGAUGUGGGCGGGGAGGAGAGCGGGGCGCACAGGAAGAGGAACUCUCUGGAGGAAACAAAUUCCAGUCGCAAAGCGGAUUCAAAACGUGCACCUGAAGUCAGCCGUGGAUGUUCAGUUCCAGAUCUGAGCAGAGCAAGCCGCACCCGAAAGAUCUCAGGACAAGGCGGAAGUGACAUCGACCUCAUGAUGCUGCAGAGGAUGCUGGGAAAGCUGUUCGAAACUGGCGGGCAGAGCAUGGAGGACUUCAAGGUCACCAAACUGCGUCACGAAGACCAAGAUGCCGGAACCUGUGAAGCUCAAGAAACUGCCUCGAAGAUUAAAGACGUUGGGAAAGAAAAGCCUCAUGAUCAACACAGUAGUUCUGACGCAGACGGUGCAGGAAGUGACGUUGGAGGUGCAGGAAGUGACGCAGACAGUAGCGACAGCAGAACGGAAGACAGACAACGGAAACAAAAUGGCGUCAGCCCCCGGGGUCCACUGAGCCCCAAAUCACGUGACAUGAGCCUUGACGACUUCCUGACGUCAGUACAGAAGCACUCUGAUUGGAGGAGGCGAGCAGGAAAGAGCAAAGCCGUCAUCCGGGGACUGGUGUUCGAAGAGGAGUUCGUUUAUGAGAUCCCGUUCGACGUCAGUGAGGCUAUUGACCCCGACCGGCCGACCCUUGACCCGGAAGAUAACAUCUGGGAUGAGACGAUCCACCAGCUGGCGGCGCGCUCCAUUAUUCUGGACCUGGAGGAGCGGCUACACAGGAGCGAAAAGGGCCUGCAGACAGAAGAUCUGCCCCCUAUAGGAGCCCUAUGUCCCGAGACUGUGCUGGACGAGGCCCGAGCGAAGAUCGUCCACACCAGCCAGUCCGCGAACAUCAUCUCCCGCUACACGUCCUUCUGCGCAGUUGAUGAGGACACCAACGAGUCGCUCCCGUCUCUGCUGGAGCAGAGGCUUCCGCUGGACAAACAGCCAAGGUAGCGACAUUUGUAUCAUC